AAGAGAUCCGUCUGUUUAGCUGUGCAAGAGGAGCAGAGGGGGAGGAGAGAGAAAUCGUUGACUUCCUGUUUUCUGAAGGCAUCCGAAUAUAUAUAACAUACAGGAAGAUGUGCAGCGGAUACACGCCCGAAUUAAAUUCUCCCUGAGCCCUGCUGCAAAUGCGGAUAGUUUCCAGGAUUUCCAGCAGCGUCUGCAUCCCAGCAUCCCCUCACCCCCACCCUCACUGGAUCCCAGGACCGCUCUCCGCUCUCCGGCUGGAUCUAGUGGCUCACCGACCGGCCAGGGACGCCAUCGAGCACCGGGCCCCGACCUUACGAUCGGCAUCAUAGAGGCAUCGUUCUGCGUCGGGGGUUUUGUGUCUGCAACAAGCAGAUUUGUGAAGGGGUUUUAACAUCUGUGUUCACAUCUGCAGCAGUUCGGAUGAGUCGCUUCAGGUGACCGCGAUAUGGCAGUGCUGAAACUCGUAGAUCAGCCGGCUCUCGUCCAAGCCAUCUUCAAUGGAGACCCUGAGGAGAUCCGCAUGCUCAUCUACAAAUCAGAGGACAUCAACGCAGUGGACACAGACAAGCGUACUCCUCUCCAUGCAGCAGCGUUCCUCGGCGAUGCAGAGAUUAUUGAGCUCCUCAUCCUCUCUGGAGCUCGAGUCAAUGCCAAAGACAACAUGUGGCUCACUCCUCUUCACAGGGCCGUGGCGUCACGGAGCGAGGAGGCAGUGCGUGUGCUGAUCCGUCACUCGGCCGACGUGAACGCACGUGACAAAAACUGGCAGACGCCGCUUCACGUGGCAGCCGCCAAUAAGGCUUUGCGUUGUGCUGAGCUCUUAAUCCCACUGUUGAGCAGUGUAAAUGUAUCAGACCGUGGUGGCCGAACUGCUCUGCACCAUGCGGCCCUCAACGGACACACCCAGAUGGUCAAUCUGCUACUGGCGAAGGGGGCCAAUAUUAAUGCCUUCGACAAGAAAGACAGCCGUGCACUUCACUGGGCGGCGUAUAUGGGUCACUUAGAGGUGGUGUGUCUGCUGGUGGAGCAGGGAGCAGAAGUCAGCUGUAAGGACAAGAGAGGAUACACACCUCUUCACGCUGCCGCCUCCAAUGGACAGAUCGCUGUGGUUAAACACCUGCUCAGCCUGUCUGUGGAGAUAGAUGAAGCCAAUGCGUUUGGGAACACGGCUCUACAUGUAGCAUGCUUUAAUGGUCAGGAUGCUGUGGUGAGUGAGCUAAUUGACCAUGGUGCUAAUGUGAGUCAGCCUAACAAUAAAGGCUUCACCCCUCUCCACUUUGCCGCUGCUUCCACACAUGGUGCACUCUGCCUUGAGUUCCUGGUCAACAAUGGAGCUGAUGUCAACGUGCAGAGCCGAGAUGGGAAGAGUCCUCUGCAUAUGACGGCAGUGCAUGGUCGCUUCACUCGCUCCCAGACUCUCAUUCAAAAUGGUGGAGAGAUAGACUGUGUGGAUAAGGAUGGCAACACUCCAUUACACAUUGCUGCUCGUUAUGGUCAUGAACUCCUCAUCAACACCUUAAUCACCAGUGGCGCCGACUGCACCAGAAGGGGAAUUCAUGGGAUGUUUCCUCUGCAUCUGGCAGCUCUAAAUGCUCAUGCUGACUGCUGCCGAAAACUUCUCUCUUCAGGACGGAGAUAUAGCAUAAUCUGCACUCUCAGUAAUGACUCGGUCCUGUGUGCAGGCUUCCAGAUCGACACCCCAGACAGCCUGGGCAGGACUUGUCUCCACGCAGCUGCUGCUGGAGGCAACGUGGAGUGCGUGAAGCUGUUGCUCAGUAGUGGAGCAGACCACAACCGCACAGACAAACAUGGCAGGACUCCCCUCCACUAUGCAUCUGCGAGUCGUCAUUUUCAGUGCUUAGAGACUCUGGUGUCCUGCGGUACCUGUAUUAAUGUCACUGACCAGUGGGGUCGCUCUGCACUGCACUACGCUGCUGCCUCUGACUUGGACAGGAGGCGACGUGUAGCUCUGGAGCCAGAGAGUCCUGGAGUGCAAGCAGAGAAAGAAAAGGAGGCAGCUUUGUGCCUUGAGUUCUUGUUGAAGAGUGGUGCCACUGCCUCACUGAAGGACAAGCAGGGAUACAGCGCUGUCCACUAUGCUGCUGCCUAUGGCCAUCGACGCUGCCUGGAGCUGCUUCUGGAAUGCGAGGAGCGAAAUCAGAAAGAAGACAAGAACUGCAGCGCCCGGAGUCCACUACAUCUAGCCGCGUACCAUGGCCAUGCGCAGGCUCUGGAGGUGCUGCUGCAGGGCCAAUGCGAUGUGGAUCAGGGAGAUGAAGUGGGCCGCACUGCUCUCGCCUUCGCUGCCCUACGGGGUCACACUGACUGUGCAUUGACGCUGCUGAACCACGGAGCAUCGCCACGCUGCAAAGACACAGUCCGCAGACGCAUGCCCAUCCACCUCGCAGUGAUGAAUGGCCAUACACCAUGUGUGCGCCUCCUGCUGGAAGACUCGGACAGCAGCGAUCUGUUGGAUGCAGCUGAUUCUCAGGGACAGACUCCUCUGAUGCUGGCAGUGCUGGGGGGUCAUGUGGACGCUGUGUCUCUGCUGUUAGAGCGUGAAGCCAAUGUAGACGCAGCAGAUAAACAGGGACAGACUGCACUUCAUUUAGGACUGCUGUGUGGUCAGGAAGAGUGUGUGCAGUGUCUAUUGGAGCAGGAGGCGUCAGUGUUGGUGGGUGACCGUAGGGGGCGCUCAGCGCUCCACAUAGCUGCAGCGCGGGGUCAUGCGUCCUGCCUCAGUGAACUGCUGACUUUGACCUGUGCAGAAUCUUCCAUUCCUCCUCUGAGAGAUUGCCAUGGAUUCACACCCCUACACUGGGCCUGCUACAACGGUCAUGAGAACUGUGUGGAGGUGCUGCUGGAGCAGAAAGGUUGUCGAUGCUUUGAUGGGAACCCCUUCACCCCUCUGCACUGUGCUGUAAUAAAUGACCAGGAGUCAUGUGCAACUCUUCUUCUGGAUGCAUUGGGCUCAGAGAUAGUAACUUGCAAGGACUCUAAGGACAGGACUCCUCUACAUGCAGCUGCUUUUGCUGGCCACGUGGACUGUGUUCAGUUGCUCCUUGCCCAUGAUGCUCCUGUGGAUGUCGUGGACCAAUCUGGGCACAGUGCGCUCAUGAUGGCAGCAGAGAGGGGGGCAAUCGGUGCCGUAGAGGCUCUUCUCACCAAUGCGAACGCAGACAUCACUUUGAGAGACCAAAAAGGCAACACUGCGCUGCACCUCGCUUGUAGCAGUGGAAAAGAAGAAUGUGCUUUGUUCAUUUUGGAGAAACUUCCAGAUGCUACCCUUGUCAACGCCACUAAUGUUGCUCUCCAGACUCCGCUCCACCUUGCAGCUCGCAGUGGGCUGAAGCAGACAGUACAGGAGCUGUUGUCUCGCGGAGCCAGCGUGCAGCUCUUGGAUGAGAACGGUCUCACUCCUGCUCUGGCUUGUGCUCCUAGCAAGGAGGUUGCUGAGUGCCUGGCUCUCAUUCUGGCUACCAUGAUGCCUUUUUGCUCCCCUUGCAGCUCAGACGCUCCUUCUCCAGGCACCCUGUUGAGAUCUCUUCCUGCCAAAGCCGAGGGCCCUCGGACUCCACACAGCCCCAGAGAGCCUUCCGGCGCUUCCAGCGAGGGCACGGCCACCGAGAACGACUCCGACUCUGAGACCUUUUGAACUCUGGCCUUUCUGGAGACCCUUAUCCACCUUCCACCUCUCCAGUUCUCACAGCACUUAAACGCUCUGACCUCCCAGAAGCUGUACGAAUAUUCUCUGUUUCCAAACGUUGAGGAAAUAGAUAUUUAUGAAGGCUGGUCUAUGCUUCAUGUAGCCACAUGAUUUUAAAGGCUGAUGGAAAGCAGAUUCAUCCAUGUCUAAUUAUUUAAGAUCUAGAUCUUAUUGAAGAAGACUCAAAGUAGUGCACUAUUGCUACUAUAUAUACAUAAUAUUUAAGAGCUCCUUGGCUUGAAAAGCAUAGAUCAGCCUUCACAAGAACACCGGUACACUUCCUGUGUAAUUCUGCUUACACAGUGACUUUUUAAAGCCAUUUUUGAAUUCUUUUUAUUUACCUGAUCUAUAUAGAAGAUUUUUUUUUUUUUUUUUUUACAUUAACGGAUCAAUUUGCCAAAUAUCGACUCUGCAUUGCCGCACUUAGGGUACGCUGUGUGUAGUGUGGCUUAAAGCAUCUUGUGCAAGCACAAACCCCAGACAAGCACAAUGUCAAGUUGCAUAUGUUGUUAUUAAACAGUUGUUCCAGGGUUAUUUUAGUUUGGAUCAAGGACCAAGGACAUGGUUUGAAGGCAAACAGGGAACCACAAACCACUGCCACAGACUGUUUGGUAUUAAGUGUGUUUAAAUAUUUGAAAAAAUAAAAAUAAAAAAAUUUGGACUAGGAACAUACAAGCACAUUUGCAGUCUAGAUUGAGAGUCAUUGUGUGUAAAUGAAUUUAAUUAGACUCAACAGAUGUGAUGACCAGACGGUCCUGAAUAGUUUAUUACAAUACAGAAAGCUUAUGAAGGUCUAUAUUUAAACGUAACGCUCAGGGAGUGUUACUCUGUCACUUUUUUAAUCAUUUACACUGACAGUAUUAAAAUCAAAAGAACUCCACAGGGCCAAGUUGACAGACUCAGCUGCCACACACUCGUGUCUAAAGAGUGUUCUUUAAUAAAACGGUACGAAGAUUUGUCUGCACUUGUAUAUCUAGAGGAAGAGGUUUGGUUAGGAGUUCAGUGAAGAACCGUGAAUAACCGUCACACUCUUCUUAGGCUUCCUCUUCCUAGUUUGUGGUAUCUACAUGUUCAUUUCUCCAAAUAAAGGCAUAAACCAGCUACUAGCGAACAUGUGCGGCUGCAAUCAGGCUUUCUGGAGGAACGUUACGUUUGUUCUUCUCCAGUUUGUUAUUAAUCUGAACCAGUUGCUUGAAUUGGAUCAGAUGGUGCUAAAGUUUUGGCCUUCAAAUUUUUGAUGUUUCGAAAUUUGACUAUUGAAAUUGUCCAAAAGAUUAAGAUUUGUGUUUCAUUAUUUUUUUCCCCAAAAUCCUUAUCAAUCCAUUUUUUGCCCACAAUGUGCCAGUCUCUUAAGCUUGUCCAGUGCCUUGUUUUGUUCUUGAAAAAUGUGAAAAGGGGAUUUAAUGCAUUCUGGUGGUUGAUUCAUACUGUACUCCUGUAUUUUCACUAGAUUUUUGAGAUUUGUGUAUGUGGGUGUGUUUGUGUGUGUGCAAUACAUCUGACAAUGUUGGCUACAUUCCUAACACAUUCUGUAUUUUGACUUUGAGAAUCAACACAAACGUCUAACAAACGCACACGACUAACCGUUUGUCUCCGUACGGCUUGGAUAAGUAGCGAGCUGAACCAUGCACAGGCGCGAAAUCUUAUCAGUAUUAUUCCAGACUAGAACUAAGCAAGACUAACCUUUGCCAACCAUGACAAUCCUAUCGUGUGCCACAUGUUCCUCAUGCAGUAUGAAAUGCUGUUGGUCAGCUGAGCAUUCUUUUCUAUAAAUUGUAUCCUUAUAAAA